AUGUCCAGAGAAAUCCCAACAGUGUCAAUAUGCUUCCGUGUCAUCGAGAGCGUCGAGAUCAUGACUGGAUAUGGCUUUGAGCGAGGCUGGGACUUCCAAUGGACAAAGACGGACAAGUGCCCCGUGGUGGCCAAAACAUAA